AUGAUUGGCCAAUCUUCUCAACCAGUGUUUCAAGCUCCUGUAUUCACUGAACCUCAUCCUGUUGUUCAUACCACUGCACAAACUAUCCGAGCUCCUUAUGAAAAUCCUCUCUUUGAGCAUCAUGCUGAUGAUGUCCAGAGUGAAAGUCAAGAAGAUGAUAUUGAACAUGAAGGUGUCCAAGAACAGUUUCAAACUUUAGAAAAGAGAUUGAGGGCCAUGGAAGGUAAUGAGUUCUUUAGCAUUGAUGCUGGCAACAUGUGCUUAGUUUCUGACCUUGUGAUGCCUGCAAAGUUCAAGACUCCGGAAUUUGAGAAAUACAAGGGGCAUACCUGUCCUAGAAGCCAUUUGGUCAUGUACGUCAGAAAGAUGGCCGCCUACACCAACAAUCAGAAAUUCCUCAUUCAUUGCUUUCAAGAUAGUCUUAUUGGAGCUUCACUCAAGUGGUAUAUAGGACUUGAAAGGAACCAUAUCCAGUGCUUCCAAGGUUUGGCUGACUCCUUCAUGAAGCAGUACAAAUACAACCUCGACAUGGCCCCUAACCGUCGUCAACUACAAAACAUGUCUCAAAAGCAGAAAGAAUCCUUCAAGGAGUAUGCUCAGCGUUGGAGAGAGCUAGCCUCUCAAGUUGAACCACCUCUGGUUGAGAAGGAACUUAUAAGCAUGUUUAUGGACACUCUCUCACCUUUCUUUUGGGAGAAAAUGAUUGGCAGUAUAUCUUCAAGCUUCACAGAUUUGGUGACUAUUGGCCAAAGGUUAGAAGAAGGGAUUAAGAAGGGCAAAGUGUCUACUGUUGGUGAAUCUGCUAAUGGUACAAUUAAAUCCUUUGGGAACUUUCAAAGAAAGAAGGAAGAAACCAAUGCUAUCUUGAAUGAAAGAAGAAUGCCUCGUCAAAAGGCCCAAUGUUAUGAUCAACCAUUUGUAGCUAUUGUUGCUCCUGCUGUUAAUCCUCAACCAGUUCAAGUUCCUCAACGUCAGGCUGUUGGACAAAACCAGAACCGCAAUAGGACCACCUAUGAUCCUAUCCCCAUGACUUACACUGAGCUCUAUCCUUUGAUGGUUUUGAAAGUUCUAAUUACAACCAGGGCUCUUACUCCUCCAAACCCUCUUCCAACCAGUUUUAGGUCUGAUCUUCAUUGUGCAUUCCAUCAAGGUGGUGAUGGUCAUGAUUUGGAAAAUUGUUAUGCAUUGAAGGCUAGAGUACAAGAGUUGAUGAGGGCAAAUAUGUUAACUUUCAAGGAUGUUUGUCCCAACGUAAAAACUAAUCCUUUGCCAGAACAGAGUGGCUAA